AUGCGGAGGAACAAGACGAGCGUGAGCGUGAUGAGCAUGAGCAGCAAGCCGAGCAACGAGUUCGAGUGGGCUCAGAGGCUCGCCAGGUGGCCCUUUCUGUUCAUUUUUUGAAUCUCUGAGGUAAGGUAAAUUAGACAAGCUCGAGAGAUUUACGGACGAUAGGAGGAACAUUUCGAAUAUCUGGAAUGGGAAUUUUCGAAGUCCAGAGCUAAUGAAAGUCAGUUCUUUCACACUCAAUUUACUGCCAUCAUUUUCAUUUUUUAGACUCGAAACCUAGUAACAGCAAAAAAUCGAGAAUUUCAAAAAUUUAAAGCCAAGCAAAGGAAAAACAGCAAUCGCCUUCUCAAUGGUUUUUAUUUUUUGACCAUUUUUUGACUUCGUUAUUUUCUUCCGGAAUUCCUGCAAAAAAAGAGUUACCCAAAAGGUUUGCGUGGAUUUAUAUCCGAAAUAUCUGGAAUUUUCUUUCUGCUUUCGGGAAUUUUUAAGAGUGUUCGCUUUUAUUAUUAAGCAGGACUCGGUUUCAAAUUCACGAUUUCACCUUCAACUUAUCUGCAAAUCGCUCUUUGCUUGCAUAGGAAUUGGACUGAGCAGAGCUCACUCGGGGAAAUCCGUCCAUCACACGGCAAUAGCUGGUUCUUGAUCGAUUUGAAUAUUAUGCCCCAGCGGCUAAUCUCAAAUCGCCAGAUUUUAUGUGAAGUCACGGAUUUUUCCACUUUCUAUGAGGCAGGUGUGACGUUGAUAAUAACUCAAGUCUGACCACAGUUCUGCAAAAUUGGAAGAAACACCUUUUGUUAAAGUUGUUGACUUAUUUCUUGAGGAAGAGUUUCGAAGAUGGAAUUUUCCCGGGCUAAUUCGCCAUUUUUGGAUUUAUUUAUAGGCAUUCUGAAUCUUUAACUCAAUACUCUAUUGAACAGAAAUCAGGAGUUACCGGGAAGUUUUUCAACUUACCAAACUGGUAUUUAAAUAUUUUCAUUUUUUUUUGCAACUUCUUUUCGCAUCUUUCGACAGAUUCCACGUUGAGCACUAAACGGAAGAGACUAACAAAAAAUUCUCAUGGAAGUAAAACAAAUUUUUAAAAUGUUUUCUUAAUCUCUCAAAGAUUGGAAAACUUUGACUGUUAGCUCAGAUUUUAUCAAAAAGUUUUUCUGAUUUUUUACUGCGAAAAAGCUGAUUGCUCAUUUCGAAAAAUUCAAAACCGAGAACAAGCUGCGAUGUUUCGAAACGCGUCAUUUGGAGCAACUCGUAAUAACAUCCAAACAUAGUUGACGUGAUGCCGCGACUUUCUAAUCAAGAUAAUUGAAGCGCGACCAUUUUUGACUACGGCAGCUUGGGAGUGAGAGAAGUGGGCGGGGCGAUAAGCCAAGCCUCCGGAUAUAAACGCCGCGGCCUGCGAUCAUCUCCCUCGCUGUCCUUGUGGUCACGGUCAGGCCUACGACUCGAAAACCCUCUCUCAGAUGCUCGAUGCCUUUGUCAGGUCUCGUUUUGUACCUUCUGAUUGACUGGAAAAUAUCGUUUUAUUUAGUAAUACUUGUCUUCAACUAGGCUGCAGUUUCUUGCGAAUAAGUUCUUGAAGUCCAGUCUUUAUAGUAGGAAAAUUGAAAGAGUCGGUUCAAAGUCUUACUAAAUUUUCUGUAGGGUGUAUCUGAAUCAAAAGCGUUGAUAGGCUUGGUCAUGAAGAUGGUAAAAGCUUGGAGACUGUGAACUUUUGAUAAACACUUUGGAUGUUAAUUUCAAAAAAAUUCAAGAGUUCAGUUCACAGCUUUCCUGAAUAAUUUUUAGGUUGAAAUGUUUUCAAAAAGUUAAAAAAAUUUUUGAUUUCGAUUUGAUUUGAAGAGAACUUGACCAUGAAUUUUUUUCCACUUUGCUCCUCCAAAACUUCCUUCAUUUUAAUCAUGAGUUAUAAACAACAACAGUGCCAAAUUUCUGGAAGAAAAAAAUUUUUUUUGAGAAACCGCAAAAUGUCUUACAGUCAAGCCUUUUUGUCGCGUCAUUGUGAUUUAUAGAAAAAUAAACUCAACUGGCUGCUGAUUUCUCAAAAACAGCCUUUUGAACUGACAGUUUAAAAAUUAACUUCAUCACAAAGUUAUCUUUAUUUCGUAAGUAUCUUUUUUUUAGUUCACUCAGAUGACCGCAGUUCGAAGAUCCUUUUUGAAAAUUCGCGUCGAAAAUUUUAUGUUCUUCAGCUCUCCAAGAGCUUCUUUGUGUUUGAAUUUGGCAGAUUACUGAAUUUUGAAGGAUUUCUUUGUCUUCCGAGAUUAAAUCGAUCUAUUUUUCACUCAAAAAGAAUCUUUUCUCAUUUUCGUAACAAAGAAAAUCAGAAAAAAAUUCGAUUAUGCUUUUUAAUAGGACUUUUUAGCCGCCCAUUCAAAUUCCAGUUUGGGAUUUUCAAAAGAGUAUUGAAAUAAUCUGCUCAAUUUCUAUCACGCUUUAGUGUGGCUGGAUAUACCUCCAUUAUACUGAUGAGGUUUGUAAGUGUAAUAAAAUCUUCUUCCCAAAUAUUUUUGGAUUGAAUAAUUUAUGCCCUGGGGAAUUUCUUUUUUCAUGAGAUUUCUCCGUAGAUGCUCCCCGACCUGCAGCUUCCAUAAUCAAUGAGACGCCAUCUUCUUACGGUAGUCUCUUUUUCUUCCUGUGAAAUGAAAACUUUGUGAAAAAUUUAUACAUAUCGGCAUGAAUUCGUGACACACACCCGCCACAUGCCGCGUUACAACCGCCGAUUUUGCCAUGGAGCGCGAAAUCUUCGUGUUCGCUUCGUUUUUGCUCGUAAUCCGAUAUGCGGCCAUUCAUUCAAGUAAUGGCUUGCCAAAAUAAACGCCUCUGGAAGCGAUUUAUGGGCCGUGAUAGAGGAUUUCGGUUCAUGUUAAACAAAAAAGAUUCGCUACCGUAGGAUCUGAAGUUUUUUGAGUCAUUCUUUGAAUGGUCUCGGGAAUGACAUCUGAGAAAAAGUAAUACCAACUGAGCGGUCAUGAUCCAGAGUCUGGAUUCCAGACCAGACGAAUUGAAUGAAGUCGGCCGAACAUUUCAAUUUUAUGCCGACAACUCGUCGGAACUCGAUGAUAUGCGUCAUCCGUUUGCUUUUCAGCAAGAAGGAAAAAAAAACGUCCCAAUCAACUUUUUAUAUCGUUCUCUUUUCUCUCUUUUAUUGAGUCUCAAAAGGAAGUUCAAUCUGAAAGCUUUCCAGCGACUCCUGAAACGGAUAAUUGUCCUGAGCGGAGAAAUCUGGAAAGUUGGUUAAGAGAUAAACAAAAAAGGCGCAUAUUCCUUGUAGGACACUUCAGACUUAAUACGACCUUAACCAAUCAAAUGUGCCCCGCGGCAAUUUCGAAAGCUCAAAAUAGGAAUUCAUGCGUUAGAUGGGAAAAUAUUUACUUGAAAAUAACCUGAUUUAUGGCUUUUUGGGUGAUGAAAUUCGAUUCAAAAACAACCCCGCUUGAAGAAAUUACCAUAAAAAUAGGCCUUAGUUAUUGAAAAGUUUGAUUCAAUAGGGAACGAACUUUCAGGCGACUGGAACAAGUGCUUCACGUCCACCCGGAGAAGUAUCAGAAUGGCGGCGCCGGCGUCCGAAUCUGCAACAGUCAGAAGCACAGUCGACAGCACUCGGAAGGUCUCGUCGUGCCGAAUGUCCGGUCCCGCAGCGUCGAGAUCCAGUCAGUUCUUUGAUCUUGUCGAAAAAGACUUUUGGUUGAGAAAGUGUAUCGUCUAGCUUCUCACAAGGAAGGAACUUCCUUCAUUGAUUAUUUUGUCAGCCUGCAAAACUUUCGAUAGCUUGUAUACGGCAGAAUAUAAGGUCCCAAGGAGAAAAAUUGAAGAAAUUUUCUACCUGAAAAUUUCCCUUUUUAGUUGAGUUCAGAUAUCAUCAAGAAUUUUUGAACAUGUGCACGAUUUGCCAAAAAUCUAUAAAGCGCAAAGUUUUUUUCAAAGCUUGAGACAAGUUGGAAAAAUAAGUAAAAGGAUUAAUUUUUUUCUCUUAACAGCUCUUGAAUAAAUUUAAAUUUUUUUACAAUUUUGGGAAAUAUUUUUGCGAGAGUUCAAGCUAACUUCUGAUGUUGGAAAGUUGUGAAAGAAAAAAAUUCUCAAACGAAUGUAUGAGUAAAUUUAAAAAUCAAAAUUUUCGGUCAAAUCCUACGCCAAUUUGUCACCUAAUAGCUUUAGAUUUGAAACCUUGUCGUGAUUUAUUAUUUUUUUCUUUUCCGAACAGAAUAUUUUAUUUAUUUUUUUCUUGAUCUCCGAAUAUUUCAAAUCCCGCUGGGAGUAUCGCAAACUUGAUAAAAACAAACAUGAGCCGAGUACCAAAUCAUUCAUUUCUCACUUGCAAAACCUCGAUCAUUUUCUUUUUUUUUUGAAAAAAAAAGAGACGGAAGCCACCGUAAAUCAUCUUUGAAUUGGUGUUCUUCCAAAGCGUUUCGAGGCUUCCAACCGGGGUUGCUCGGCAACAAGCCAAAUCUGUCAUUCAAUUACCAGCAAAGGAUGAAUUCUUCGAGUUGUCCCCUCGUAAAAUAGAAAAAACAUCGCGUCCCACGAGACAAUCGACCAAUUGACCGUGGUGACUUCUAAUCUCCCACUUUUUUGCCCUAUUUUCCUCCCGUGUCUUCCGGCAAUUCUUCUCCGAGCCUCUAUUGUUCACUGCCCCUUCCCAUCUUCCUGCACUUCCCUUUAUAGAUGAAGCUCCUCUGCUAGUGUCAGCCUCAUUCGAAGGUUAUUCCAAAGAAAAAACCCUUUCCUAUGACUUCCUAUGGAAAUGUCACGUGAGCUUUGUCUAUCAUUUUCUGGCAGCUUCAUUCAUCCGUGUCCGAUUUUUCGCAUAUACGCUUUCCGAAUGUUUUUCAAUAACCUCUGAGUAAGUGGUUUCAUAAUAUCCCAGGUCAAAACGAAAAGAAAAACUUCCAAUUAUAUUCACUGGGGAUAAUCGAAAAUCUCUGAAUUUUAUUAUUAUCUUCACUUUAAAAGAUUUUUCUUUCUGGAAAGCUAUUGUUUAAAAGUUUAAGAUUUUCGAACCAGCUGUUUGAGAUGAAACAUGCGAAAAAUGGGCAGAUUUUCCAUUGAUUUGAGACAAAUUCCAGGCCAAACUGUUCAUCAAUAAUGUAUGCCACGAGCGUCUUCUUUUUGGCUUGCCUUUUUCUCAUUUCGUUUGUUUUCCUCAUUUGGCCUCCCGUUUUUCCUAACCCAUCUUUGUUAUUAUUCUCUAGUUACCGGUUCCCUAAGCUCAGGUAUAUUGAAUUAGGAAUUUAGAAUUCUUCAUUUUGCUCCUUUUUUUGUGAGAUAGUAAGAAACAUAUGGACGUGUUUUUAGAGGUGUUCCGGUCGCUAUUAUAGCGUGAAUAGAUGCCCAACGAAAAUAUUUGUUCAAAUAAACCCAGCCUCUUAUUUUCUCACUUUUUUGUGUCUUUUCAAUUUCGGUGUCUUUUUCGUGUAUUGAGAAUGUCGUUGAAUGUGAUUCAAAACGUUCUUGUUUGAGAAAAUGAAAAGUUGCCGAUUGGAACCGACGUGAUGCAGCAUGUGGAAGUUCAGGAAGUUCAAAAGGUAAAAUUGCCUUUUUUUUUUUCUUCGUUUUUUGGAUCAGAAACUCUUUUCUCUUCUAAAAAUAGUACUCAAUGUUUUUGAACUCAUUUUUCUCUAAAAAUCGACCAGACGAAAGACCUAAAAACAACAAGAAGAACAUAUAACAAAAGGCGGGAAAAAUGAAAAUGGGGCUCCGCGAGCCCAUGUCAAAUCCGCAGAGCAGCUGCUCAGCUAUCAUCAGCGUUCAAUUCGUUAAACUGCCGUCAAACCGCCCAGGUCCAGGCCCUCCCACACCUUUUCCUUUGCUGAUUUAUCAAAUCUUUGAAUAACUUCCGUUGGGCACAAAACUGACCUUCUAUAUUUUUUGAUUUUCUUUUCUCUUGUUAAAUGAUGAAAUAAUUCAAACUGUGCUCAAAGAUUCAUCCAAAUGAACUAUAAUCCAUUUAUUGCUAGUUUGAGGCAUACAUUUUACAGAGAUGGUAUAAAAACUUUUUGGUAAAGCUGUGAAGAGCCUCAAAAAGUUAAUUUGAAGCCUGUGGGAAGUAUGGAUUUUGUUCUGGAAAGUAAGCCUUGGUGAAAUACGAAAUACUGCAGAAAAACUUUCAAUUUUUAUUCUUAUUCGACAGACAAACUUAACGAAAUACAUUAGGAAAAAAAUUGUUUCUGUUGUCAAAACUUUUUUGAACCAUAAAUUCCAUAAAGUUCAUAAAUUUCAUGAUUUUGGCUUCAAAAUCGCAGCGAACUUCUUUCAUGAAGUUAAAAAGCCUAGACUGAUCGAUGAGAGCUUUGAAGAAGACUUACACGUAAUUCCAUUUUUUUUUUUCGCUCAUCUUCUCUUCUGUCACUUCCUUGUUUUUCAGCAGUACCUUCUUCAAAUGUGAAAUUUAUACAUGAAGAAAAAAAAAAAAAAAAAAUGUCAAUUAAUAAAGAAGAAAUAUAAUCCAGUUUUUAAUUUAAGUAAUGAGAAAGAUUAGAACGAAAUUUCGUGAUUAAUCAGCAUCGGUGUUGCUAGUAGAGAAAUAUUAUGGAAAAAAUUGUAAACCGGAAAUUUCCAAUUAGGAAUUCUUACUUAAACAUUGUCUAACAAUCAGAAGUCGCUAAGCUUCUCUCCAUUUUACAUUGUUUUUUUUUCUUCCUGCCUUCUCCAGAUCUCGUAUUUCACUUGACUAUCUUAUUUCCAUGUAACAUCUAGCCGGCUUUGCUUCUGGAAUACUAAAAAACUUGAUUUUUUCACAAAUUUCGAAUCGUUCCAGUUAGCGCUCGUUCGCCAAUUCCUUUCUUGAAUUGCGGGAAAUCCGAAAAAAUAAGACGUCUUAUUUCUGCCAUUUAUCAUCUGGGAAAUCCAAACUGCGAAAAGAUUUAUGAAGACUGAAAUUUCUCUUCUUUCAAUUGAAGUUUUGAGAACUAAUAAAUCCGGCUGUAAACUAGUGUUAUUCUUCGCUUCUCGUCAGAUUCUCGUCUCAAAAUUUUCUUUCACAGUUGAUGUUAUUUUUCGAUGCAAAGUCAAGCGUUCUUGUGUUCAGGAAUUUUCGGUUUUCGUUUAGUUCCGAUUUGUACAAGAAUUGGUGCCUUAUAAAAAGGUUUUGAGGCGAUAUUCAUUUGCAUUGUUCUAUCAUGUACUCCCUCUGCGCAUUCAUGUACUUCAGCAUAACAUUUCGAAAAAAACUCUAGUAGCGUACCAUUUUCAAGCUUCAUUCAUUCAUCUUCAAAUUCGAGUUCACAAUGGAAUUUCACUCUCUGCUUCACUUUUCCUUCCCAUAACGCCGAACAGCUCAGUUCCAAACACAAGAAAAACGAAAAGUUGUGACUUUCCGACAUGUGGUCAAACUGCCGCUGUAAAACCUAGGCAAGACACAAAAAAGUUGAGGCCACGUUUUAUUAGACUUUUUUCCGAGCUCAGCGAAAGAUCAACGCAAUAUUCUUUUUUUGAGCACUCUGACUGCGCUGAUUAUUUUAGUCUGUUAGAGAGCUCUGUUGGGGUGUUGAGAGUUAAUCGAGCUGUUCCCUUUUAUUUUAAGUCAUGCACGAUUUCUGCGCUCUUGAACAUCUCGAAAAGCCUUUUUGAAAAAAAACUAGUAGUGGUAAAGAAAAAUUGUGAGCAUAAUUAAAAAUACGAUUAUUGAUAGAAAAUAAAAGGUUUUUGGAAGUUUGUUUAAAACCGUUAUUGCAUGAUUAUGAAAAGCGGUUCAGGUCUCCGGUUAUGGACGGCGACGACGCCUCCGGAGUUCUGCUGUCCGACGACUUCAGGCAGUCGAGUCCGCAGCGAGGCACGCCCAACUCCUCCAGCGGAUCGCCGUAAGUCCCUUCUUUCCACAUCACAGAAAGCAGAAACGAUUUCAGAGAUUAUCAUGAUCCCCUUGUGACUAUCAACGUCUCAGGACUGCGGUUUCAAACUUUUGAAAGCACCCUUGCCAGGUUAAUUUUUUUUGUGAUAAACGGGUCAUGAUACAAUUUAACAUUGUAAUGACUCAAUUUUCAGAUACCCAAACUCCUUACUUGGCGACAAACUGAAGCGGCAGAAAUACUUCAUCUCGGAAAUCAACGAGUACUUCUUCGACCGACAUCGGACAACGUAAGCUCUUCUUUGGGUUUUCCAGCACCUCGUUGCUUCUCGUACUCAAAUACUUUGGAAUCUCUAUCGGAGCUCCGAUUCUCACUGUUUUUUGCCUUUUAGAGAUGAGAACUUCAGCUUCGAUCAGCGCAACCAACUGUAAGGCGUAUUCGUACCUUUUUACGUGGCUUUCUCCCCUACCCGUUAUAUCAAAGUGUAUUACAGUGUUUGCAAAUUGACUCUUGUAACUUUGGGCAAAGUUUACUUUCUUAGAUUUAGUAGAAAAUUUCCAAUACCUGAAGUCUUCGGUAUGGUUUACUCGAUUGAUUUCAACUUUUCGUCCAACGGCUGCAAUGAGGCCGGUCCGACUUCCGAAGAUUUGCGCACAAAGGCUUCAGAAAGCAUCGGAGCCAGCCGCUAAAUUUGGACGCUAAACUGAUUCAAAGGAAAGAUAUAGCAUGUGUUCCGCGAUUUGGAAUUUCACGGAACGACAUUCCGCUGUGCCGCUGCGCGCCUUUGCGAAUCUUGGUCGCGCUUUUAAUUUAUUUUCUUUUAUUAAGGUACUCUACUUUCAUAUGCUUCCACAGCAAUAACAAUCAAUUGAAAGCGUGACCUAGAUUCGAAGGACGCUUCGCGUACGCACGAAGCGGAACAGCGGAGUGUCGUUCCAUGAAAUUUCAAGUCGUGGCACACAGACUAUACUUUGAGACUUUUCACAUGCGGCCAGCUUUAACUAGGCAGACUGGCUUCAGCUUCUACUUUGUCUUUUUGAAAUAAAAAUUUGCUUGCUCAAAAAGGAAGAUAUCGGUUUGCAAACGCAAGUUGAAUGACGUGGCUUGAACUUUCCUGCGAACUCGACUAAUACCUCCAUUUUUCCGUGCUAAAAGCAAGUGCAAGUCUGCGUCAUUCUCGACUUCAUCUUUUUCAUUGCCAUUUUUGUAACGUUCGACAAUUUUUCCAUCAGCUAUUUACUUUCCACUAAAUUCUUCUUUAUUAAAGAAAUAUUUCCAACUUAUUUAACACAGGCCGAGAAGUUCUGAAAUAAAGCUCAUCACCCUAUUUUUAAGCUUUCUCCACGCUUCUUGUGUGACCGUACUGCCAUCCGUUGCCGUCUUCUUGAUUUUUGAUUUUACGGUCUUUUUUCAGUUUCGAAUCGAUACUGUACAUCUACCAAAGUGGCGGCCGCGUCAAAAGACCGGAAAUCGUGCCGAUUGACGUCUUUUUGAGAGAAAUGCGAUUUUUCCAAGUGAGUUCAGUUGAGCAUAAUUAAUCCAGAAAUAUGUUUGAACGUAUUGAAAUAGUGAAACUUUAAAGAUGGGCGACGAAAUCCUGGAAGAAUUCUGGAUGGCCGAAGGUUACGAGAAACCAAAAGAAGCGUUGAUGCCAGAAAAUAAAGUGAGUCGUUGGAACGAUUUCUGACGGGAAAAGCCAAGAAUUUCAGACUCAAAGAAGAAUUUGGGAGUUGAUGGAAUAUCCAGACAGUUCUUUGGCGGCUCGGAUCAUCGCCUUUAUCUCCAUCGCCGUCAUCGCCAUGUUUGUUUCGUUUUUCUUGAAUCGAUCUCUUGAUUUUCGGCUCCAAGGUUAUAAAGUUUGCAUUGAGGAAAAUGUCGCUCUUUCAAAUUUUUGCGAUUUUCCAACUUUUCUUUCUUUUUUUUUUCGUAGCCACAUGAAAAAUGUGUCUGAAUAAAUCAUUCGGAAAAUAUUUUUGUCUCCUACAAAAACUGAAAAAUCAAUAAAAAAAUUGUUUUAAGUUCUUUCUGAACUACUUCAUUUUAUUGGGUCUCGCAAAGGCAUAUUUUUUGAUCACUAGUCAACGGUGGAAUAACCAUUGAAAAUUUAAUAAUAAUGGCUUUUGAUUCAACCGGAAUAUUUCAGUUCGAUCAUCUCGUUUUGCUGGGAAACAGUUCCUUCGAGCGACGAAAAGCCGCUUCUCCUCAACAAUUCCUCCUUUUUCGACGCAGCGAAAGAAGAAGAGAAAAGUCACUACAACAGUCCAUUUUUCUGGCUCGAACUCGCCUGUAUCCUCUGGUUCACUCUCGGUCAGUCUCGAUAUCAGCCUUUUCAGAACUAUUUUCUUCGUUUCAGAACUAACUCUCCGAUUUAUCUCGUGCCCAUCGAAAUGGCUUUUCAUGACUUCCAUCCUCAACAUCAUCGAUUUUGUCGCCAUCGCGCCCUUCUUUGUCAACUUCUUCCUGUUAGUUACUUUUCCGAAAAUAAUAAUAGUUUAUUCACUGCCAUAUUAGGUAGUAUAGAAAAAGUAUAAGUGAUCAACAUAUAAAGGGCAGUAGAAUAAAAAAAAUCAAAAAUAAAAAAAAAUCCAAAAUUAAUUCUGGAGCCGGAAUCGAUAACGCGAUGGUUUUCAGAUCGGACAGUUCCUCAAGCAAGUCCAACUCGUCCAUGUCGUUUGCCGUGCUUCGAGUUCUGCGUCUCGUCCGAGUCUUUCGGGUUUUCAAGCUUAGCAGGUGCUUUUUCAGAAGUUGUUCUUUUUUUUUUCAAAGUUGUGUUUUCAGACAUUCUGUGGGCCUUCAAAUUUUGGGAAAAACUUUUCGAUCGUCGAUCCAAGAGUUUUGUCUUCUCAUCUUCUUCAUGGCGAUCGCUUUGGUCCUGUUUGCUUCAGGUUUUUUUUUCACAGUUAUUUGUCAAAAAAAAACAUCAACUUCUCUAGUUUAAUUUAUUUUUGGAUGAUAGAUGGAUGUCCCCGUGUUUCUAUGGCCGUGAAAAGCUUAUGGAGUUUUUUGAUACAAAAUGUGCACUCUUGAAGGUUUUCUAAUAGAUGUCUGAUUAGACUCGGACCUUGAUAACGUGAAUCGAACGUUUCCAGUGACCCCUUUAGUAGCGUCAGCACUGUUAAGUGAUUCUUGGAAUUGAGCAGAAAUGUCCCGCCCGAUUUUCGUUACCGAGGUCCGAGAGAUAGGUUCACUUGAAGUGCUGCUGAUAGAUAAGCUAACUUCAUGAAACAAUCUUUUAGGUAUGUACUUUGCUGAGCAAGGAGAGCCCAACUCCAAGUUCACGUCGAUCCCGGCGAGUUUCUGGUUCGUUCUGGUGACGAUGACGACGGUCGGGUGAGUGUUCGCGGAUAAGUGAGAGACGCAGACGUCGACUUGCAGCUACGGGGAUUUGGUGCCUCUGAGUCCUUUCGGAAAAGUCGUCGGCGGCAUGUGCGCCUUAAUUGGCGUCCUGACCCUCGCUCUGCCCGUCCCCAUCAUUGUCAGUUCAUUUUUGGAUUUGUCCAAGGAUUUUGGAAAUUUUGGAUACAAAAACACGACACAAUUCAGAAAGCAUCAAGAAAAUUUAUUUUAAACUUUAUAAUACCUGAGGCUAUUCAGGCACAUACUCUAUUUACCGUUUGAGCUUUAAAAAACUCCUAAAACGUCUAAAUGUCUUCGUUUCGCACAAUAUUUUGCUGAUCGUGUUCAGACUCUAACUAAUCUUCGUUGGAUAUUUUCCCAGCGUUAGCCUCGAGCAUUCGAAUAUUUAUCUCACUUAAAGAGCAAAAGCCUUUCAAGCUAAUCCCGACCUUUAAACUUUUGAAAAACCAGCCAAUCAUUAUAAUACACAGACUCUACUAUCACUUUGAACAAAUCGAUUGGAAAUCCCCUAUUUCUAGGUAGCGAACUUCAAGCACUUCUACCGACAAGAAAAUAGAUUGGCGACCAUGAAGACGACGUCGAAGGACGACGACGACGGAGACUACGCGUGACGGUGCGACGGGAUGACGGCGAGCUGCACCUCGGAGGUUCCCAGUUCAAAAGAGUUCACGCAAAGACCUCGUGCUCUGCAGAUGAGAUGCUCCAGCUCAUCGCCUGAGGAGGUCAGCCUCGCUUCGACGAAGCGGCGUUCGCUCAGUCUCCAGCUCAACCUGAGCCGAAGGUCGCCUUUGCCCCUCAACUUGAAAAAAAUCUCCCUUGAGGAGCACUACUUACGUAAUUGA